CCCACUGACUAUUUGAAGGAACUCCUAUUAAGAUGUACUCUAAACGUCCAAUUCACUUUCAAUAAUGAAAUAUAUAGACAAAAAGAUGGUAUAGCUAUGGGCUCACCACUCGGCCCGCUGCUUGCAGAUAUUUUCAUGUCAAAACUAGAAAAUACACACCUAAAGAAGAUAAUAGAUAACUUCGGAUUCUACAAGAGAUACGUGGACGAUACUUUUAUUAUCGCCAAUAAUGAGGAAAAUUUGGAGAACAUAUUGGACUUCUUCAACAGUUGCCAUCCAGCAAUCCAGUUCACACUAGAGAAGGAGUCCAACGCAACAAUAUCUUUUCUGGACGUGCAACUAGCAAGACGCGAACAAGAUGGGACACUCAAAAGAUCCAUUCACAGAAAACCGACAUGGAAUGGACAACUCAUCAGCUUUCACAGUUGGGUGCCUAUAUAUACAAAACGAAAUCUGAUCCGCUCACUGACUCACAGAAUCCACAACAUUUGCAGUCCGGAAACUAUAGAAGAAGAGCUGAAGACCCUGAAAAGAAUCCUUCUUGAAAACGGUUACCCGGAACGUUUCAUCACAAAAGCUAUGAAGCCGAAAACACAAAAACCAUCCAUGCUUACUGCUCCCAAGAAACUUCUCUAUUUGAAUCUACAAUUCAACGGAGAUUCUUCAGCAGAAAUACUGAGAAACCGCCUGUGCCGUUCACUGAAGAAAACCUUCUUCGCAGCGGAACUCAGACUAACUUUCUCUACGAAACCAAUGAUUCGCACGAACGUGAAGGAUAAGCUUCCACUGGGGGCCUCAUCAAUGUGCAUCUACCAAUUCACCUGCUCAUGUGGAGCUAGGUAUGUCGGCCGUACCCAGCGUUUGCUAUCCAAACGAAUCAGCGAACACUUACCUUCAUGGUUUUAUAAAGGAGAAAGAAGAUCCCCCCGCCACAGCUCUAUCCUAGAACACUUGAUCGAAUCCGGACACCAAGCAAACCCACAAAACAACUUCUCAGUUAUCUACACAAUACGUGGAAAUCUUGCCAAAAGAGUACGAAUUAAACUUCUUCAAACUGCAGAAGCAAUGGCAAUUCACAUAUUGAAUCCUGAACUCUGCAUACAAAAGAAGUUUGUUCAGUCACUAAAUCUACAAUGGUCCUGAUCUAUCUUAACACCAAAUACGUAAUUUUGUCUUACCUCUUUCUUCUUUGUUUGUCUAUUUCUUAAUUGCAUUAUUUUCUACCCCCACCCUCUAUUAAAUCUCUACGCUCAUGACGACUGUUGCUAACUCGAUUUUCGUUUAUUUUUAAGUGAAUUCUACUCAGCUUAUUAACUUAACUCUCAUUCAUUUUCAAGUGAAUUCUACUCAGAUUAUUAACUUGACUCUCAUUCAUUUUUUCAUUGAACCCUACCAAUUAGAUUACGUCACCCAACCUACUUUUGUAACUUUAUUUUAGUUUCUAACCGAUUAACGCCUUCAAAAUUACGUAAUUUGUUUGUCAAAAACUAACAAUUGCAUUAACACAUCUUUGGAAAUAUUCCUUUUGUUGCCAAGACAAAUUACUAUAAAUUUGCGAUUUGUACAGCUUGAGAAUGAUAUCGCCGAAAAGAGUAACUCUUUGCUGAACACUUUUUCUUUUCUAUGACUGAAUGGGAAUUUUCAAGCUACAUAUGAU